UAGAUGGAACGCUUCUUUCAACAGCAACAACAGUUAGUCAGACACCUCCGUACCUUGCCAGACAAAAUAGCUGAACCAAUAAAGCUCUUUAGACGCUUUAGUGCAUAUUAACAACUGUGUUUUAAACCCAAUUCUGCCGUCUAGUUAGUUAUCCGAUUUAAUUUCAUAUUUACGGUGUUGUUAUUAGUCAGCUAGCGGUCUGGUUAAGUUAGCAUUAGCCUAGCUAGCUAACGUCCCCGACCAUGCGGUCACUAAGCUUUUCUCCUCCUGCUAUAGAAGAUGGGGUCUGCUGGAUGGAGGAAGAGGUGGAUAUCACAGUAAAACAAGAAGUAGAGAGUGAGGCUGUUACUGUGAAAGAAGAAAAAGACGCGUUCAGAGUGAAAGAGGAGGAGGAUGUUACAGUAAAAGGAGAGGAGGAUGCAGUUUAUGGAUUGAAAGAGGAGGAUGGAGAGAUGACUGUUAUAUCGAAAAAAGAGGAGGAAGAAGAGGAGGAAACUGGAUGUCUGGGCCCGGUUUCCCAAACGCAUCUUAAGGCAUCCAAUGGUUCUAAUGAUGAAUUUAGCCAUAAGAUGGUUUUGAGAAACCGUUCCCUGAUUAACACUCGUGAGAGAUGUGACAAUCGUGGAUCCUCUGUGGAGCCUCAACAACAUCAUGAUGCUGAAGAGGCAGAGAAGAGUCCCUUCAGAUCAGAACAUAAGAAACACCAGCAGAGACCCACAGAGAAGAAAUCUAACUGCUGCUCUGACUGUGGGAAAAGAUUCAACUCUUCAGUAAAACUUCAAAAACACCAGAGAACACACAAAGGAGAGAAAUCGUUUAGCUGUGAUCAAUGUGGGAAGAGUUUUACUACAUCUGGCUCUCUGACUUUACACCAGAGAACACACACAGGAGAGAAACCUUAUAGCUGUGAUCAAUGUGGGAAGAGUUUUACUACAUCUGGCUCUCUGACUUUACACCAGAGAACACACACAGGAGAGAAAUCGUAUAGCUGUGAUCAAUGUGGGAAGGGUUUUACUACAUCUUGCCAGCUGACUAUACACCAGAGAAUACACACAGGAGAGAAACCUUAUAGCUGUGAUCAAUGUGGGAAGAGUUUUACCACAUCUGGUCAUCUGACUUUACACCGGAGAACACACACAGGAGAGAAACCUUAUAGCUGUGGUCAAUGUGGGAAGAGUUUUGGUCAAUCUAGCCAGCUGACAUUACACCAUAGAACACACACAGGAGAGAAACCUUUUAGCUGUGGACAGUGUGGGAAGAGUUUUGGUCAAUCUAUUAAUCUGAAAGUGCACCAGAGAAGACAUACAGGAGAGAAACCUUAUAGCUGUGAUCAAUGUGGGAAGAGUUUUGUUACAUCUGACCAGCUGACUUUACACCAGAGAAUACACACAGGAGAGAAACCUUAUAGCUGUGAUCAAUGUGGGAAGAGUUUUACUACAUCUGGCUCUCUGACUUUACACUGGAGAACACACACAGGAGAGAAACCUUAUAGCUGUGGGCAAUGUGGGAAGAGUUUUGGUCAAUCUAGCCAGCUGACAUUACACCAGAGAAUACACACAGGAGAGAAACCUUUCACCUGUGGUCAAUGUGGGAAGAGUUUUUGUCAAUCUAGCAAUCUGACAGUGCACCAGAGAAGACACACAGGAGAGAAAUCCUAUAGUUGUGAUCAUUGUGGGAAGAGUUUUGUCAAAUCUGACCAGCUGACAGUACACCAGAGAAUACACACAGGAGAGAAACCCUAUAGCUGUGAUCAAUGUGGGAAGAGUUUUACUACAUCUGGCUCUCUGACUGUACACCAGAGAACACACACAGGUGAGAAACCUUAUAGCUGUGAUCAAUGUGAGAAGAGUUUUGGUCAAUAUAGCCAGCUGACAUUACACCAGAGAAGACACACAGGAGAGAAACCUUCUAGCUCUGAUCAAUGUGGGAAGAGAUACUCUGGUAAAAGAUCUCUGAUCAAACAUAAAAAAAUACAUGAAGGAGUUGUUUCAUGAUAUCAAUGAAAUAAUGUCACAAUGUAGAUUAUGAUCAAUCCAGGCUCUGAAUUGAAAGAGUUACUAUUUAUGUGAUUGAACAAAAAGUGACUAACAAAAAAGAGUUUGUUACACUUACCACGUUGGUGACCCACUGGAAUUUAAAUGCAACACUUCAAAAUGAAUCACAAUGUAGCUAGCAGUUUACCACAUUGGUGACCUACUGGAAUCUCAAUGAAACACUCCAAAAUGUUUAGGUUUUCAAUAUAUCCCAAACUGUUUCUGCAUAUUGGUUAUUGAUUUGGACACGUUAAAACUGUAUUUUGACAUUGCUCUAUUCCCAUUUAGCAAAAUGUCAUUCAAAAGACGUUGAAAAUAAGACUGCCCGACAGUUCGGGUCGUUUUUUCAAUGACUUGAAAACAGCUUAAUUUCAACGUACUUGCAGCCUAUACACCUAUAAUCAAUUUUAUUAACAAUCUGACAUCACUCCAGUAUUUCUUGACAACAUUCAAGUGCAAAUUGUCUUUAUUCCACGACUGAAGAAGCAUGACUCAAAUCACCUCAUAUUUCAAACAUCCAGCCUGACAAAAGAUACAUGUUUUAUUAUUCCAUGUCUCACCAUUAAGUUCAUUAUUGCCAAUACAUAUAAACAAAGGGGUAUGUACAUUUGGUUUUGAUAUUUCAUAUUUACAAUUAUGUAACAUUUAGUAAUCAUAGUUAUUCAUGCAACCAACUUAACAUUUUUGGGUACAAUUAUAUUGACAUUGUUACCCUGCUAUUUUAUCCAACAACAUACAGUGGGGCAAACAUGUAUUUAGUCAGCCACCAAUUGUGCAAGUUCUCCCACUUAAAAAGAUGAGAGGCCUGUAAUUUUCAUCAUAGGUAUUACACUUCAACUAUGACAGACAAAAUGAGAAAGAAAUCACAUUGUAGGAUUUUUUAUGAAUUUAUUUGCAAAUUAUGGUGGAAAAUAAGUAUUUGGUCAAUAACAAAAGUUUCUCAAUACUUUGUUAUAUACCCUUUGUUGGCAAUGACAGGUCAAACGUUUUCUGUAAGUCUUCACAAGGUUUUUACACACUGUUGCUGGUAUUUUGGCCCAUUCCUCCAUGCAGAUCUCCUCUAGAGCAGUGAUGUUUUGGGGCUGUUGCUGGGCAACACGGACUUUCAUCUCCCUCCAAAGAUUUUCUAUGGGGUUUAGAUCUGGAGACUGGCUAGGCCACUCCAGGACCUUGAAAUGCUUCUUACGAAGCCACUCCUUCGUUGCCCGGGCGGUGGGUUUGGGAUCAUUGUCAUGCUGAAAGACCCAGCCACGUUUCAUCUUCAAUGCCCUUGCUGAUGGAAGGAGGUUUUCACUCAAAAUCUCACGAUACAUGGCCCCAUUCAUUCUUUCCUUUACACGGAUCAGUCGUCCUGGUCCCUUUGCAGACAAACAGCCCCAAAGCAUGAUGUUUCCAACCCCAUGCUUCACAGUAGGUAUGGUGUUAUUUGUCCUCCAAACACGACGAGUUGAGUUUUUACCAAAAAGUUAUAUUUUGAUUUCAUCUGACCAUAUGAUAUUCUCCCAAUCUUCUGGAUAUGUACUGGCUUAAGCAGGGGGACACGUCUGGCACUGCAGGAUUUGUGUCCCUGGCGGCGUAGUGUGUUACUGAUGGUAGGCUUUGUUACUUUGGUCCCAGCUCUCUGCAGGUCAUUCACUAGGUCCCCCCCGUGUGGUUCUGGGAUUUUUGUGAUCAUUUUGACCCCACGGGGUGAGAUCUUGCGUGGAGCCCCAGAUCAAGGGAGAUUAUCAGUGGUCUUGUAUGUCUUCCAUUUCCUAAUAAUUGCUCCUGCAGUUGAUUUCUUCAAACCAAGCAAAUUCAGUCUUCCCAGCCUGGUGCAGGUCUACAAUUUUGUUUCUGGUGUCCUUUGACAGCUCUUUGGUCUUGGCCAUAGUGGUGUUUGGAGUGUGACUGUUUGAGGUUGUGGACAGGUGUCUUUUAUACUGAUAACAAGUUCAAACAGGUGCCAUUAAUACAGGUAACUAGUGGAGGACAGAGGAGCCUCUUAAAGAACAAGUUACAGGACUGUGAGAGCCAGAAAUUUUGCUUGUUUGUAGGUGACCAAAUACUUAUUUUCCACCAUAAUUUGCAAAUAAAUAAAUUAAAAAUCCUACAAUGUGAUUUUCUGGAUUUUCUUUCUUCUCAUUUUGUCUGUCAUAGUUGAAGUGGACCUAUGAUGAAAAUUACAGGCCUCAUCUUUUUAAGUGGGAGAACUUGUACAAUUGGUGGCUGACUAAAUACUUUUUUUGCUCCACUGUACCUAUCGAGUGAACCCUGAAAAGAGAGAGAAGCUCCGCAGUGAGGUGAAAAGUUACUACGUAUUUCGCAGGUGUUUCCUCUUGAAAUCAGACGUGUGUGGUAAGGACAACUUGGUUGCUGAUUAUCUCAAGGGUUGGCAGGCAAAAAUAUUUGUGUUUUGCAUUUAGCCAAUGUGUUGUACCAUGGAUCACAAUUUAUUUCGACUCGUUUUUCCGUGUUGGAGAUUAGUUUGAUCUCUUAUUCUUUUCUGUAUUUUUUGAAACUGCACUGUUGGUUAGGGGCUCGUAGCGUAAGUCGUCCAGUGUUGUAUAUGGCGCAUGUGACUACUAUGAUUUGAGUUUUGUUUUGUUUGGGCUAGAAGCUAGUGAGUUUUAGGAAGAUGAGUGUUCUUGAAGCUUGCGAGUUUUAGGAUUCUAUGGAAAGAAAAAUCAGUAAAAAAUUAUAGAUUGUAUAUUAUUAUUCAGAAAUACGUGUUUUUAAUUGUUGACAUGUAUUGUAAAAAUGUAACCAAUUACAUUUAAUUCUGUAUGUGAAGACACCAUGUUUAUAUUGUAGAUGAUUAUGUGAAAUGGAAGUUGUAGAGAUACUCUGAAUAGUUGGCUAUGAAAAGCCAACUGACAUUUACUCCUGAGGUGCUGAUCUGUUACACCCUCGACAACCACUGUGUUUAUUAUUUGACCCUGCUGGUCAUCUAUGAACAUCUUGUUAUAAUCCCCACCCGGCACAGCCAGAAGAGGACUGGCCACCCCUCAGAGCCUGGUUUCUUCCUAGGCUCUCGUCUUUCUAGGGAGUUUUUCCUAGCCACCGUGCUUCUACACCUGCAUUGCUUGCUGUUUGGGGUUUUAGGCUGGGUUUCUGUACAGCACUUCUGUACAGGCUUUAUAAAUACAUUUGAUUGAUUGAUUGUACAACUGAAUGCAUUCAACUGAAAUGUGUAUUGGGUGCACAUAUUGGUAUCAGUAUGUGUUACACCUGUGCUGGCUUGUCCAUCUCGUUAGUGGGAAGGUGUUUCACUGAGUUGGUCCAGGUUCUAUUUAAGAGUGUCUGGCCCAGUGCUCCAGUUGUCUUGAUAGAUGUGGAGAGUCAACACCUUUUUGGUUUGCUUCCUGUCUUUAAGUUUGGUGUGGGUUUUUCUUUUGUUUGCCUCUUCUUGGGCAGAUUUAGUGGGUCUCAUGGUGGUGUCUUUUAGGUCCCAGUUGUUACUAGUCAACUUCCAGUGGACACCCCCAUAGUGUUAUUCAGAACCCCUCCUAAAACCAACCUGUGUGGUUGUUGUCAGUGACUCUUUGUUAGUUCCCUCUUCUAUCAAAGGGACAUUUUUGGUUUUCUUGCUGGGGAACGUAACAACAAACAAUGUAGUAAAACAAGCUUAUAUUUUGGGUUAUUAGCAUCCAGUUCUUGUUAAUCAAAGGCAUUUCCUUGAAAUGUUCAUUAGUCUUUCAGUUGUUAUUCUUCUGUUUGCUGUGUAUGUUUUUAUUUUUAUUUUUUUUCUGUGAAUUGCAUUGCAUCCAUGUCUGAAAUGUGCUGUUUAAUUAAAGCUUGGUUUGAACAUAUUGCAAAAUAAAUGACCAACCAAUCAACA